AUGGAGAUGCGACGAGGGAAUAAAGAGGUUUCAAGACGACAUGCGUCCGCCCAAGCCCGAAAAGGUCAGCGUUGCACCAUCGGCUGUCGGUUGCGAUCCCUCGCCGAUUUCCGAGCAGCGACAGACGCUUCAGACCUCGCUCGUCGGUGCCUAGAUGGAAGUGAAUCCAGCGCAGAUACGCUGAGAGGAUCAUCCGAGGAUGUUGCGGAAGAAGUCCUGGAUGCAGCCGCCCCCCUGGACCAUCGAGCCCACAGCCCCCAACGAGUACGUCCCCACACGAGAAGCUUCCGUCUCUUGCGAGAAUCCCAGUUCCAACCCUCCCGCCUUACCACCUCCUCUUCAGAACUAAAGACCCUAUUUUCCCUCCGGGAAACCCGACAGUAUGAGUCCAGCACUCUGAGGCGGGUCGGACACACUUGUCGAAGUCGAAGCACCCCAGCAUCUGAGGAAGUGCUGGAGAGAUUCUGCGACUGGCACGACAUGCACGGCCUGUACUUCCUGAGGAACAGGGAAUCCCUGGGCGUCGCCAGGUGGCUCACGUGGGUGGCGGUGGAGGUCAGCCUCAUCGCCUGCUGCUUAUACGGCUGCUACUCGCCCAUCAUGAAUCUGGUGAACGGGAAGCACUCCGUGUCGAUAGAUAUGGAUGGAGCUCUGUUGAAGCGCAGGGUCCUGCCGGAUCUCAUCUGUCCGACCAAUCCCCUGCGGGAAGAUGCCAUUAUUGCAGCCUUGGGAGUGAAACAAGAGAUUUUGGAGUAUGCGAUGGGCGCUUUGUAUCGCGGGGGCCUCUUGUCCCAGAACCUCCGAUCCGAUGAGGUCCGCCGCGAUCGGCUGGAAGCAGAACUCCAUGAGAUCCUUCGCAGCAAUCACACCACUAUACCGCACUUAUUGAUUUCAGGUUCUCUCAGGUGUGAAGACAUGGUGAUAUCUUGCGAGCUGGGCGGCGAGUCGAGAGUGGUGGAUUCGGACCAGUGCUGUUCGGAGAUCUUCUUGUCUCGACCGUUGACCUCGAUGGGCCCCUGCAUCUCGACCCACGGAUACACCCGCUAUCAGAACUACCCCGGGGCUUCCAUGGGACUCAGCGUCAUGCUGAGGGUCUUCAACUCCACCUGGCUGGACAGAAGCGUCCUCUCGGGGCUGGCCCAAGCAGACGGAUACAAGGCCGUUCUGACGGCCAACUACGAGUCCCCGUCUCUCGCUGCCAAGAUGAGGGCCCAUGCCAUCAACCCGGGCAGGAAGACUCUGCUCGGCCUCCAAGCCGUCAGGGUGAGCAUUCUGGGGUGGAGGGAUCGACUGGAACGAGUUAUCUCGCAUUCCGCUUUCUUCGUUGCUGAUCUCGUCAAAAAGGAAUGUAAACCUCUCUGUACAGAGACCUCGUACGAAGUAUUGGUCUCUUACGACCACUUGAGUUCGGCCUAUGUGGAGAGUGUGAUUCAGCAAUUGAGGCACAAACUCACGAAAAGUGAGGAGGUGGCGGUGAUUGGAGUCCAUUACAAUAUGCUGUCGGAACGAGUCAUCUCAUAUUCCGCUUUCUCCGUUGUUGAUCUCAUCAGCAGCACGGGGGGCAUCCUCGGUCUCAUCAUCGGAGGCAGCGUCCUCACCGUCAUCCAAUUCCUCACCUUAUGGCUCGCCCACCGGUUCGCAUCCUCAGUGGGGGCGUCGAUGUCAUGAAGUGCGGGGAUGGACCUGGUCUAUCCGACUGUGAAGACCGAGGAGGGGCCCUCUCGACUGCCUCCUCGAAAAACGACAUGAAAUGAGUUUAGUCAGAUGUUACGACUUAGUUGAAUAUAUCGACUGCAGCAUUGAACUUCUUUCCAGUGACCUGUGAGAUUAGCAUCCUUUGAUGUGCUCACAAUUGGUGAUCCCAGGACCAAAAAGGAAAUUUUCCCAUCCCUGAAUUCCUAUUCAAUACAAUUCACAGCAGGAACUAUAGAAAAUUGUUCCUGCCGACAACAAGACAAGGCUGUCACUUCUAAAGAAAUAUAUUUUUGAUGCAGC